GCGGGGCCGGGGAGGCGCUGCCCUCGGGUCCUGUAGGCCCGGGAGGGCGCAGCGUUGCGGCGAGCCGAGCUGCGGCCCGUGGCGGAUGCGCCGUGAAAGCCGCGCUGAGCAGGCGCCAUGAGAGCCGACUCGAGGCCUCCUCUGGAGGACGGACACCCGCGUCCUCCACGAGCUCUCCCACCUGUGCCACGUGCUGCUAUUCAAGAUGAUAUUCCACUCAGUCGUCCUAAGAAAAAAAAGCCUAGAACAAAAACCACAGCAGCGAAAGCUCUGGAAGGCCUCGCAGAUCCUGUUAUUCAUGGGCCAUCUGAGGGCAGCGAGCCACCAACUGAAGAACCCAAAGAGCAUGCAGAGGCUCCCAUUCAAAGGAGACAGAAGAAGGCAAGGCCACCUCCCGAGUUGGAAACUUCCUUUACACAAAAGAAGACAUCCAGUCCAUCUUUACGAAAUGAAAAUGGUGUUGAUGUGGUGGAGCCAGCUGAGGAGGCAGUUAUUCAAAAGCCUCGAAGGAAGACAAAGAAAACCCAGCCAGUUGAGUUGCAGUAUGCCAAUGAGCUUGGAGUGGAAGACGAAGACAUAAUUACUGAUGAGCAAAGCACUCCAGAACAACAGUCUAGAUUUACUGCACCCAUUGGAAUUAGCCAGCCGGUAGGCAAAGUAUUUGUGGAAAAAAGCCGGCGGUUCCAGGCUGCUGAUCGUUCACAGCUGAUAAAGACCACUGAAAACAUGGCUGUGUCCAUGGACAUGAAGCCUUCCUGGACCACCAGAGAUGUGGCCCUCUCCGUUCACCGAGCUUUCAGGAUGAUUGGCCUGUUUUCUCAUGGCUUCUUGUCUGGCUGUGCUGUGUGGAAUAUUGUUGUGAUCUAUGUUCUAGCAGGAGGAGAUCAGCUGUCUGACCUACCCAACCUUCUUCAGCAAUACAAGACUUUCGCAUAUCCAUUCCAGAGUCUUCUCUACUUGCUUUUGGCUCUAAGUACAGUUUCAGCUUUUGACAGGAUUGACUUAGCUAAAACAUCAAUGGCAAUCCGAAAGUUUUUGACCUUGGAUCCAACAGCUUUAGCAUCUUUCUUGUACUUUACUGCUCUUACACUGUCUCUGAGUCAGCAAACAACAAGUGACAGAAUCCACCUUUACACACCCCCUUCUGCUAAUGGCAGCCUCUGGAAAGCAGGAAUGGAGGAACAGGUUCUCCAGCCAUGGGUUGUGGUGAAUCUGGUGGUGGCCCUUUUGGUUGGAUUAUCUUGGCUUUUCUUGUCCUACAGGCCAAGCAUGGAUCUUAGUGAAGAGUUCUUGUUCUCUGACGUGGAAGAAUGUCCUGACAAAGAUAAAGGAAUCAAAGCCCUUACAUAAUCAGCUCACCUUCAGAGGAAUUUUCCCCUUUUUGUUUCUCAAUGUAUUUUUAUAUGAUAUGUAGAUACAUAUUUGUAGUUGAAUUUUUUAUUAUAUAAUACUGAAAAGUUUCUCAAAAUUAUGGAAAAAUGUUUAAAUUUUGUUAUUUAUGCUCACAUAUAUCUAUAGCAUAAGCUUAAUGUAAGAGAAAUAAUGAAUUUAAAACAGGCAGGUAAAAGUGUUUUUUUUCUGUUCUGUCCAAUUAGCUGUACUUAUAACCAUUUAAAAGAUCCUUAUUCAGAAAAAGCCAUAACUUUAGCACUAUAAAGUGCUUAUCAAGUUUAAAUAAAAAUUUAGGGAAUAUGAUAGAAGGUAAAAAGAAACCCUCACUUAUUUUUGAUACCUUCUUAUUGAACAAAUUGAAAUACUAAAUUUUCUUACAUGACUAUGACUUAGUGUUUGUGCAUCAUGUGAUAGUUAUAAUGUAAUUUGGUUUGAAAGAUGCUUUAUUCUUUGCCUAAUAAAACUGAAAUACAUAUUUUGU